UUCCUCUAAUCAGAAGAAGACGUUGUUGCAUCAACAGUUGCUAGGAGACCAUUGUACAACGGCGUCAUAACAACCGUAAAAAGCUUUCUGUUCGGGCAAAAAUAAUUUGGUGUGUUUCUUCAAACUGAACUGAAAAUACAGUAGCAAUUAUCUUUUAGAAAAAAAAUGUCUUUUGAUGCCCAAGGUGAUGCUGGUUCAAAACCAAAAUCUGUAAGCCGUGCAAAACAGUGGACUGAUGAGGUGGAAAAUCUCUACAGAUUUCAACAGGCUGGCUACAGAGAUGAAUUAGAAUACAAACAAGUGAAGCAAGUGGAUUUGGUUGAUCGUUGGCCAGGAACAGGAUUUGUGAAGAAACUCCAACGACGAGACAACACUUUCUACUACUACAACAGAAAAAGAGAAUGUGAAGAUAAAGAAGUCAAUAAAGUGAAAAUGUAUGCUUACUAAAUGCAAACAUUUAUCUUUAAAAAAAUAUAUAUAUAAAAGGUACCAUGUACAAUUUUAGAAUUUUUUGGAAACAAAGCUGCCUCUUAGAAAAAUGGAAGUGCUAGAAACACAGAAAACUAUUUACACCCAAAUACAAAAACACUGUGUUAAAUUAAAUAUCGAAGUGCAUUAUUUUGCUUUAAUAAACAUUAGCAAAUGAAACACUUUCUUUGUGAGAUUAGGGAAAUGAUGAGUUUCUAACCUUAAAAAUAAUGUAUUGCUGCUUAUUAUUUUAAAAAU